AUUGAUAAUGUUUAGUUGACUCCUCAUUAGUCUAAAAAAUCUCUUUAUCUUACAGAUUACAGAUGUUACUUCAAAAGAGAAAAUAAUUAGGUCCUACGCAUUUCUUGUGUCAAUCUAUUCAUGCAUUUCAAUCAGUGACUUAAACUUUGCUAAGUCAUUGGUUUUCCUGGCUGUUUAGACAACCCAUUCCAUUCUCUAAUAGCACUAGGGAAGAGGAAGCACUUGCUAUGAAUUGGUCCUAGCAUAUGAAAUAAGAAAUGUGCUUUUAUCUUUGUGUCUUUCUGAGUGUAUCUUAUUAGAAUGAAAUAAUCAUAUCAAACAUAAUGGCAUCUAUCUGGCUUUGGUCAACAAGUAUACUUUUCCCUUUAUGUAUGGUCACUUAUGGCCUUCACAAAAAAAGUUUGAAUCAUUCUGGAGCUAUUGCAGGAAUUGUUGUUGGAUUUCUCUUGACAAUCAGUGGUUUGAGAUUUAUGGUAUCACUUCUGGUGUUUUUUAUUUUUGCCUCAAAAGCUACUAAGUUUAAAUCAGCACGAAAAAGAAAGUUUGAGGCAGAAUUUAAAGAAGGUGGUCAAAGAAACUGGAUUCAAGUAGUGUCUAAUGGUGGCCCUGCAGCAGUAUUGGCUAUUUUAUAUCUACUUGAGGUGGGCUCCAUAGAUGUACCUAUCAAUUUUUCUAAAACCUACUCUGCAUCAUGGUAUGCUCUUUCUGUUAUGGCAGCACUAGCAAGCUCUUGUGGGGAUACAUUUUCUUCAGAGAUUGGUUCGGCUGUGGGGAGCUCAGACCCUGUUCACAUUCUCAAACUUAAAAGAGUGCCAAGAGGCACAAAUGGUGGUGUAUCUUUGUAUGGAACUUUUAGUAGCAUUAUUGGUGGUGGUAUUGUUGGUCUUGGAUUUUAUAUCACUGAGCUUGUCAUAUUUAGUAGUGACAAUCUUUUAGAUUCUCCAAAGCAGUGGCCUGUUGUUUGUUAUGGUGCUUUAGCAGGAGUUAUUGGAUCAUUGAUUGAUUCCAUUCUCGGAGCAUCUUUACAAUAUUCAGGUAAACAUAAAAAGUAUGGAUUUAUAGUGGAAUAUAAAGGACCAGAUGUUGAAGAUAUAAGUGGAAGAGAAAUACUCAACAAUCAUUCUGUAAACUUGUUAUCUUCCUUUAUCACAGGUAUUAUUAUUCCAUAUAUUGCAGCUAACUCUUGGUUUCUGUUUUGAAAUGUCUUUUAUACAUAUAUAAAAAUAAAGAUAUCAUAUUGCUCAAGAUAUUUCUAUAUUUUCUUGCAUUGGCUUUGUUAUAGCAGGUAUUUAAAAAUUGAAUGUAAAUAUAAUCAUUUUAUUGUUAUUUGAAAUAAUUUAUUAAUAAACAAACUUUAAAUUACCAACAAA